CAUGACGGAUAUAUGUGUACGAACAAAGGAUCAAACAAUGGAAGCACCUUUCUUUGGAAACCUCACUUCGAACUCUUCUAUGGUUGAUCCCUUAAAUAACUACGGCAUCCCAGAGGGGUUUCAAUUCGUCCUUUUAGGACUGUACGCAAUCACAUGUCUGAUCGUAUUAUUUGGAAAUGGUAUCAUUUGUUACACGACUUAUAGAAUACGUAGUUUUCGCACAGUUACCAAUUUUUUCAUCGUCAGUCUUGCUAUUACAGAUAUUGUAAUGACUAUAGUUUGUGUUCCAUUCUCCAUCCUCAGCAAUCUGUUUUUUCAUUACUGGCCUUUUUGGGGAUUCCUGUGCCCCAUUGUUGGGUUCGUACAAAUGUCCAGCGUGUUAGUAAGGUCGUUUAUGCUUGUCGCUAUGACAUGUGACAUGUACCACGCGGCCACCAAGCCUCUAAAGCCCCGCCUCACAAAGUCUAAAGCCAAACUCCUUUUUGUGUUGAUGUGUGCCUUAUCAUGUUUGAUAUCACUCCCAACAUCAAUAUAUUCAACAAUUGAGUACCUGCCGUUUGAGCCCGGAUCGCAAGGUCUAUGUUUGGAAAAGUGGCCAGAUGACUAUGUUCGAGGCAUAUACGGAAUCUGUAUCAUGUUGCUCCAAUACUUCAUCCCGCUAAUCAUCAUGGUGUUUACGUACAUCCACAUCGGGGUCAUUAUCUGGAUCAAACGUACUCCGGGAGAAGCUUACAAUCAAAGGGACGAACGACUUGCUACGUCUAAAAGGAAGACAAUCAAAAUGAUCAUCGUUGUCGUGAUUGCAUACCUGUUGUCAUGGCUACCACUACACGUGAUUACAAUCGUCGGAGACCUGGACCAAUCUGUUUUUAACUCACAGUAUGUGCACAUGAUGUGGCUUAUUUCCCACUGGCUAGCGUUCAGCAAUUCAGGAGUUAAUCCAGUAAUUUAUUACUGGAUGAAUUCUAAAUUUCGACAAAAUGCGCUAUUCUGUCUUCACGUGGCAUUCUGCUGUCCAGUAAAACAUAAAAAGCGUACGGUUAGCUUGGACAUGUCAUACAUGAAAUCUAUCCGGCAUGAAACCGGCGUAACUGUAUCUUCGUACAACUGCUCUACGCCCUCCCCAUGUGAAGUAAAGGACAGAAGAUUCUUCUGUGACAGUGGAUUAAGGGACGACUGUAUCAAAUGUGACCGAGUUUAGUACUGUUGUUUUACAUGUCCGAGAAUACAAUGAAUACGGUAUAAUAGUUAAUAUACAUGACUAAGUAUGUUACCAAAUAUGUAUAUAUGUAAAAUGGAUGCGAUCCUUUAGAAUAGCUCCAAAAGGAGAACUGUGCUCUGCGUAUAAUGCUUCAUACAGGUUUAAAUAAUAUCAAUAAUUCAGUAGAACCAAUUAAUGUUCAGAUGAUAGAUGAUCCAAGCAUGUCAGAAAAUAUACCGACUACAUGUAUAUAACGGAAGCCUUGGCUUUAAGAUCCAUCUUUCCUUUGUCAUUUUAAAUAUGAAUAAGUUAAUGCAUAUUGUUACGUUUACAUACAAAGGGAAGACAAGUUGAUGGACAAAAACGGCUAACGUUUAUGAACAUGCUAAUAAAGAUGGAUCAAACUUUCCUGCAUAUGUCAUUGAAAGCAAUUAACAUGGAUCUAUGUAUAAGGUGGCGUAUUAGACAACAUAUAAGAUUUAUUGAUCUUGUACAUGUAUGUACAUUUUGAAUAUUUUACCAAACACAUUAUAGUAAUAUCAUACACUAACAAAUAUUAAUAUGAUAUACUAACAAACAUCAAAAUAGAACACUAACAAAUAUAAUUAUCAUACGCUAACAAACAUUACAAUAAUACACCAACAAACAUCAAUAUCGUAUACUAACAAAUAUCAAUACCAUACACUAACAAAUAUCAAUAUAAUACACUAAUAAACAUCAAAAUAGAACACUAAUAAACAUCAAUAUAGAACACUAACAAACAUUAAAAUAAUACACUUACGAACAUUAAUAUUAUACACUUAAGAACAUCUAUUAAAGGGACUUAAUGGCUAGAUUUCAACUUAAAUAAUAUAUAAAAAAGGGUAUACGAUUUAAAAUGAUGUUAAAAGUUAUGCACUUUAUGUUAAUUAUACAUUUCAAAAGUGUCCAUAACAAUUUGUUUAAAUUCAAAGAAAAAAAAAAAAAAAUGUGAUCAACCUAGUAGCUAUUUCAUGUUAUUAUUUUUCGAUGUGUGUAAACAAAUACCUAUGCGUACUUAUGCGCAUGCGCGAUGCGGGAAAUUGUAAACAUAACAAAGAUGGCGAACACCGAUGUAAACAGUAAAUAUUGUUCAGCGAUAAUUCGAAGUUGAUAAACAUUGCCAAUAUUUCACAAAAAAAAUGUCAUAAUUUUGUAAACAAUCUAAUUUCAAGUAUCACAACGCUUUCCGGAAAUCAAAUGCAUGUAGAAAUUAAUGAAUCUAACCAUUUAGUCCCUUUAAGGACAGAAACAAAUAUCAAUAUAAUACACUAACAAAUAUCAGUAUAUUACACUAACAAACAUCAAUAUAAUACACUAACGAACAUUAAAAUAAUAUACUUACAAACAUCCAUAAAGUACAGUAACAAACAUCAAUGAAAUAAAUUACAAACCUUAA